ACAUGCCGGCCGCGGUCGAACAUACUCGCCGUGUCCCCGCGAGUUCCUCGCCUGCUCCGGAAGCACAACGUGUUCGCGACUCGUACAUGCCGUUGGAAUCAUUGAUGAGCGAUCAGGGAUCGGAAUCCUCGCAAUCGCGGGAGAUCAUGAGGGAUAACCGAUGGUUCCCGCGGGACGAGACGUAGGGGGAUAUGUCCGGCUGCUUGUCGUCAUCUAUGACAGGAUCGACAGAUGCGGGGCCGCUGCAGCCCCAGGAAGAUCCCGUGCCGCUUCCCGCCAUCCCUAGACCGUCGUCGACCUUCGACCUCAGGCCAGCGUCGGAGGACGAUGGCGCACGGCGAGGCGGCCGUCAUCGGCAUCAGCCGCGACGCAGGAUGACGUCCGCCCCGCCGUCCGGCCAGACGAUACAGCUGACUCCUCUCUGGGAGCACGUGGUGCGUACGCGCAAGUUUCCGUCCGAGGUCGAUACGCAAGCCACCUUCGUCGAAAUCUCCGAGAGACUUCGCGACCCGGAAUGGGAGGUGCGCCAACACGCUCUGCGGGUGCUUAUGGAUGUAUUGCCAACGCUGAACGCCGAUGUCGUUGACAAGGUCAUGCAACCGGUGGUGCCGGAACUGAUCAAUAAUUUGGGCCAUCCAGCGCCGGCGGUUCGUAAGGGCGCCUUGGACACGCUGCGGGUGUACCUCGUUCACAGUCCCAACAGAGACGGCAUGGUCAAAAACAUUCUUCACGACGGCUUGAAUCGCCCGGACGCCCACAAUCCGUUUCAGACGAAUGUGACAACGGGCGUAAUCCUGAGUGCGCCGCUGCUACUCUUCCCGUCCUCCGACAGCCCGCCGCCGACAGCACAGAUCCUCAAGGACGCCACAAUCGCCUUUGCCGCGCGAUUGGUCCAGGUGCCGCAUCAGGAGGCCGUUCUCAAGUCCUUGAUGAAGAUCCGCGACGCGGUCGGCGACGAGGAGUUCGAGAGCUACUUGGCAGACUACGACGACAAGCUGAAGAGGAACAUCAAUGUCCUCUCAAAAAUCUACAAUAUCAAGCCAGCCAGGAGGAAGCGCGGCGAGAAUCGCGGCGCUCAGGACAUCAUGAAGACCGCCGAAGCAAAGGAGCGCACCGUCGACAAAUCCUGGGACAGCGACAGCGACACUUCCGGCAUCGCCGAGGAGGAGGACGAGGCGCCGAGCGCCGGCGGUGGCGCGAUACCGCCCGGGCGAGUCGUCCUCGAGACGGAGAUCAAAUUCAACGAAGAAACGGCCAUCACAAUGACGAUCCUGGAAGAGAAGGACGAAAACGACAACGAGGGCAGCAGUGAACGGCGGGAUGUGAGAAACGGCAAUGUCGGCGUGGAGGGCCCGCUGUCGUCCGCGGACAAACGGAAGACGCCUAGACGAGUGCACUUCGGCGGCGAGAUCGUCAAGCUGAGGACGCCCGACAGCGACGAGACGGAAUCGAUCGACGUGACGGCGCCCAAGACGAGGAUUCCGCUUCCGGUAUCGCCGGCCACGAGGAUGCCGGAAGGCACGCCGCGGAGGCGACCGUCGUCGCAGCCGUGCAGCCCGCACGCGGAGAAGCGCGGCUCGAGGAGGGCUUCCAGGUCGGCGUCGAGCAGCCCGAAGAGAGAAUACACGCACAACGCGCAACUGAGUCCCAAGAAGAGCAUCCUGACGAGGACCGGCAGUCCCGUCAUCAUUAUCAAUUCCGCGACGGAAGAGGCGAGGAAAGACGGAAGAGGCGACGAAACGCCUGUGGCAAGUGUUCGCGCGAUCAACGGCGCGCGAGAAGUUAACGAAGUAUCGAGGAAGGAGCACGUCGCGCUGCUUCAAGUGAACAACAAGAAGUUGGAAAGUAAUGAAAAUAACGCGAACGGGGAAAACGACUCGUCGAAAUUGAUUCAAGCCGUGACGGAAGUCUCGGGAGAAGAGCGAAUGUUUAAAAAAGAGGCGACUAACUUGAGCAAAAGCGGCGAGACUUCCGCGAGGCAGGAGAAGAAUCACGCGCCGAAAGUGUCAAGUCCGGAUCGAAAGGCGCGGAAGGAAGACAGAGAGGAGUCGGGAAAGGAAUGCUCGAACGAGCGAAAGCCGUUGGAAAAAUUUCCCGACAGCUUUCCGUUCGGAUCGCCGGUCAACGACAAUCGUGAGGCGCGAAUAGAUCGCCUGGUCGGCGGCGACCUCGUCAACGAUGACGAAGAGAACCGCGCUUUUGGCCCGACUGCGGACAGUCGCGCGGCAAUUAGUGCGAAAUACGGCGACGGUGAGGCUUCCGCCAGGGACGGCAGCGAGGGGCGAAAGGGGCAGGGUAAACGCGACCGGAAAGGCGCGUCGGAGGGAAACGGAAGUGUCACCUGCAGCAGCAGCGAGGGCGAGGGCAAGCCGCAGGAGCCCAACUGGGAGGAAUUGGGGUUGGUCGGUCAAGAGGUGUUGGACGAUCUGCACAACAAGGACGAUUGGCGGGCGCGCGUGAGAGGCUUGGAAAGAGUCGCAUCAGCCCUGCGAACGUCCUCGGCGCUGAUCGCGAUAGAGUCGCGAUUAGGAUCGCUUUUGCAUGCGGUGCUCGGCGGCGAAAGGAGCUGCCGAGUGGCCGCCGCCGGAUUAGCGGUGGCGAAGGUGGCCAUCGCCGGCGUUUCGGAGGAUGCGUUGAAGAAGAAGCUGCCUCAGCUGGCUUGGGGCCUCGCCAGACAGGGUGGUCCAGCUGCGGCGCAGCUCGCCAGGAUCGCGAUGCUCAGACUCAAGCCGAGUCUGCUCCUGGAGCAGCUGUUGCAACCGCAUUGUUUGAGCGCCAGGAACGCCAAGACGAGAGAGAACGCGCUGCAGCUGCUGAUCUUCUCGUUAGUGACGUUCCCGAGCACGGAGUUCAAGCUGGAGGCUGUAGCCAGCCGAGUGGCGACGAUGGUCGCUGAUCGGCGACGCAGAGUGCGUCAAGCCGCCCUCGAUACGAUGGCUGUUCUAGGACAGAUCUACGACCCCGAGGAAGUUUUGGAGGCGGGAAAACAAGCGGCUGAAGGAUAUGCCGACGCUGAAGCGAUGCUGGCCGCGAUCAGAGCACGCUUGGCAAGGAAAUCCCUACCGAUGGUGUCGGCCGAUGGUCUCGUGGUAUACGGUUUGCAAAUUUCACCGACUGUUCAAAUCGCUACUGGAUCCGACGUUGAUUGGAUCGUGGCCGGAAGCGGUUCGGUGUCGCCUGGCACCGGGCGCACCAAAGGUCAGAUUAUUGCUACAUCCAGAUCGGCACAGGGAAGAGCAUCUAGAAACGAAGAUAUCAAUAAUUGCGAGAGUCCGUGGAUAGAAAGACCCAAUCUCGUCGCGCUUGGCGUCGGUUUGCAGUCCAAAACCGAGCAAUCGGCUUGGCAGAUACUGCGCUCGCAGAUCAACGUCGACAAUAAAAAUGAAAUAAAAGGACCAAACGGACGAAACGUAAAUGCGGGCGUAUCUUCAAACGUCAAUUUGAGAUUCGAGGAGCAACUGCGAACAUCUUAUACGCCAAAUCAAUUCAAUUCCAUCGAGACGGAUGUUAAAAAUCAUCGAGAGAGCUCCAACAACAAUUUCGAACAGAAAACGCGAAAUCGUAAAGACGUUAAUGAAGUUGCUAAAGAAAAGGAAAAUACUGCUCUUAAGGGAGAAUCCAAAAUUCCAAUAUUGUCAACACGCGAGCGUCCCAAAAUAACGUCACAAAAUCGUGGAAAGUCCGUCAAUUUGGAAUACCUUGAUUCUAUUUCACGAAAACAGACGAAAGAUGCGUUAGAUAACAAUAGAAACCGGAUAAAUUCGCGGCAGGAUAAUGUCGGAUCGUACGCUUCUACGUAUCAACGACGGAAACGUUUUCGCGAAGAAGAAAGCCAAAUUUUGAAUCAGACGUUUGACUCACACUGCGGAAAUUUCCGUCCGUCUUCUUACACAAAAGCUUCAGGAACGACAAAUAGAGAAUAUAGCGGUGUUACCGGCAGCAGGGAGGGAAUAUUUUCGGAUGACAAUUCGUGUAAUUACGGCAGAUUCGCGGAUAAAAGCGAGAGCUCGGCUUACACAGAGAGACGGCAACGAUCAUUGUCCAGAAAUAUGCAGCAGCAAACGCUUGUCGAAACCUACAGUUCCAUUCACGAGCGACAGAGGAAGCUUACUGACAGAAACGCAUAUCGACCCUUACGAACUGCCCCGUCUCGCGUGUAUCAAGAAUCACAGCAUUUGGAUCCGCAAGCUGCUGUAGACAGUGAUAGAAACAUAAUAUAUCGGGAGAACAGCGAUCCUUUUGCGGAAAAUUUGCCUGAUCCUCAUCGCAGGAGACUACGAUCAUUGUCGCCGUCGCAACUUCAUCGGUCGAGGCAAUUCGUCAAGCUGGCCGCCAGCAGAUUUCACGCCGCGUCGAUGUACGACAUCGAUAAAGCAACGACGGUGAACGAGGAGGAGUAUAAUGUGCUGAACAAACGUCACUUCUCGCCCGAGGCGAGGAACUACCACGUGCAAAGUUCGAACAAGGAAGAAUCGCGCUAUCGAGAAUUUCUGCGUUCCUUCUCAGUCGCCGCGCACGAACGUUCCAAGAGCGCGAGCAGCUCGUCGUCGAACGCUUCUAGGAGUGAUCGACAGGCACGAGGGGAAAAUCAGGAUGCGGUAUUGCGGGAUUACAACGAAAAUGACAGCGGAUCGUCGACCCCGCGCAGCCGGGACAACCCGGCGUUCGACAUCAUCACGCAACAGACGAGCCAGAGUGCCGUCCGCGACGACUCCUUUUUCACGGCGCUAGAUACCAAUAAAGCGGAGUACCCGAUUGAAACGACGAAUCCGUCGACCGUGGACGAGGCGUCAAAGGAAUGGAGCAGCGAGGAUGACGUGAAACCGACAAGUCGAAUCAGAUCGAUUUCGCAGCACUUGAAUCAUCGAGAAUUAAUUACGGUGGAUGAAAACAGCAACAAUAGCACCGAGAGUAGCUUCGAUAUUCCUGAGCGGUCGGAGAACAGAGGUUCGAGCGCGAGAAGAAAAUCCAUCGUAACCGUGAUUCCAAACGAGCGAAUUCUACCUUACGAGAAUCCAAAAAUAUCUGAGGAAUCAAUCCAGUCGAGCUCGAAGAGAUCGGAAUCGCUGUAUCAGACGCCUAAUCACAGCGCUCAUCACUCGCCGAUCCUCAACUCGCCGUCGAAACGGAAUUCCCGUUGCAAUUCGCGUGAUUUGAUCGAGAAUCCCAGGGAUUUCAACGAGGAGGAGAUACUUGCUUCCAUGGUACCUGACGAGGAUGCUUCCGUUCGAUCGUUGGAUACUGUCGAUCGCCCUCCCAUAGACAUAACCGGUGAUUCGCCGGCGAUUAUGAUCGCGUCUAGACCGCAUUCUCACGACGCCGCCGACUACAACUUGCGCAAUAAGAUUAAUACUCAGGAGUCUACGGAAGAAGAGUCUAGCGCGAACGACACCUUGGAGGACAGGCAAAGUAAGGAUAGCACGAGCGAAUCGAAUACGGAACCAGGAAUAUUAAAGAUCGAGUCUCAAUCCAUGGAAAGUAUCGAGUCGCGUAGGAGACUUCCCUCGAAAGUACCGGUGCGUGACGUUAACUAUCGAGCGCCUUCUAGAAAGAGAACUGCGGAGAAGCCCACGGAAAAGUCGAAACGUAUGGUACAACAAUGCUUCGCGCAGCUUGAGAACAAAGACUGGGAAGUAACGAUGAAAGGCUUGAAAGCCCUGUCUCAGAUUUCGAAGCAGCAACCAGAGUGCCUGGACGUCUUUGCAGCAGGAACAAUAGGCAGGCUCCUAGGACGACACGUAAAGAACCUUCGUUCGCAAGUGGCGCGAGCCGCGUGUCUCGCUGCCGGUGAUAUCUUUAGCUCUCAAAUUCGAGGUAUCGAUCAGGAUCUGGACGAUAUAGCUGGACCUCUGCUGCACAGAACGGCCGACACGAAUCGAUUUCUGCGAGCGGACAGCAACGCGGCUUUGGAUCAAAUGAUGCAGAAUUUUCCGCCUCAUAAAACCAUCGGUAUCGUCGUACUUCGGGGAGCGAGUCAUCAAAACGCUAUUGUUCGCGCGACAACCGCUCGAUUGUUGUCAGACAUCACUGAUCGCAUCGGACCCGAUCACAUUAUGAUCUUACCACGUGACGUGAAGGUCAAAUUACUAAAUGCGGGCGCAAAGUUGUUAAUGGAUGGAAAUCUGGACGCGAGAAAUUACGCGAAAAGAAUGUUUCGGCGACUGACCCGUUGCGAAGGAUUCCGAAAGGCGCUGACGGACGCGGUGCCCGAAACGACAUUAAGACACAUCGACAAGACCAUGAAAACCCUGUAAUCGAUCGAUCAAAUCUGCGUUAAACAUAAUUUAACCGUACGCCGUUGCCUUAACGUUGGCCUUGGAUCACCCCACAAGACUGCUUUAUCACGGAGAGUAUUUUACAGUCCGUUAGAAGCCGAUUUACAGCUAGACAAGAAUUUUUUUACAACAUAUACCGAGGAAAAUAUCGACAGACAAUUGAUAAACAGCUUUCUCUCUGUGCACGUAUAUUUUCCUUUCGGAAAUUGAAUAGAGUGAUUUUAGGAAUUAGCGAAUGAGUAUUUAAAGAGGAGGGAGACACAGGGAGGAUUCGAAGGGUAGUGCUUUGAUCGACUUUGAUCUUGUUUUUCAUCGACAGAUUUACCGCGCUGUUAAGCGAAGUUUUGAUACUUGUAA